ACCAGUGAACCCUUGGCAGGACCAUGACAAUAAGGCUGAUUUCUUGUCUCAGCUGAGGAGCUUGGGAAGAAUAUGGGGCAAAUACCUAGGCGAAUGCAUUGUUUUCCUUCAGGAGAGGAAUUAUUUGUGCUUUGAUCUAUCUCCAUCGUGCCAGGGAAGCGUGACUUUUGAUGACGUGGCCGUACACUUCUCCUGGGAUGAAUGGCAUCUCCUUGAUGAGGCUCAAAGAUGCCUGUACCAUGACGUGAUGAUGGACAACUUGGCACUUAUCACCUCCCUGGGUUGUUGGCUUGGAGUGGAGGAUGUGGCAGCAUCUUCUGAGCAGAGUGCUUCUUCAGAUGGAAUGUCCCACGUGAGGACUCCUAGGGCAGGUCUGUCUCCCCAAAAGGCUCAGCCCUGUGUGCUGUGUGUAGACAUCAUGCACAUGACUCAUCACCAGCACGGAACACAUUCUGAUCAGAAACUGUACAGAUAUGGGGCAUGUGGAAACCAGUUUUGUUUCAUCGCAGACACUCAUCAGCAUGAAAAGCUGCAGUUUGGCCAGAAAUGCUUCAGAAGCAAUGGGGGCAGGUCCUUGUUUGUGAACCGGUCCAAAUCCCAUGUGUCGUGGGAGCACUUUACCUGCAGGAGAGUGGCAAAGGACUUCCUAUCCAGCUCAGAAUUUCUUCAUGAACAGGCCAUGUGCACUAAGGAGCAGUCAAAUAGCAAAAGUAAUUGUGGGGCUGUCUGUCACAGUGGAAAAACUCAAUAUGAGCAGCUGCAAGCCCCUAGUAGAGAACGCUGUUACAUCUGUCAUCAGUGUGGGAAAUCUUUUAGUAAAAGCUACAGCCUCAAUGAUCAUUGGAGAGUUCACACUGGUGAAAAGCCUUAUGAGUGUGGGGAAUGUGGGAAAUCCUUCAGGCAGAGCUCUAGCCUCAUUCAGCACCGGAGAGUUCACACUGGAGUGCGACCUCAUGAAUGUGAGGAAUGUGGCAAAUUAUUUAGCAACAAGUCCAACCUCAUUAAACAUCGGAGAAUUCACACUGGAGAAAGGCCUUACGAGUGCAGUGAAUGUGGGAAAUCCUUUAGUGAGAGCUCUGCACUUCUUCAACACCAGAGUGUUCACACUGGAGAAAGGCCUUAUGAGUGCAGUGAGUGUGGGAAAUUCUUUACUUAUCAUUCCAGUCUCAUAAAGCACCAGAAAGUUCAUCGUGGAUCAAGGCCUUACGAGUGCAGUGAAUGUGGGAAAUCAUUUAGCCAAAACUCCAGCCUCACUGAACAUAGGAGAGUUCACACUGGAGAAAGGCCUUUUAAGUGCAGUGAAUGUGGAAAAUCCUUUAGCCAAAGCUCUGCCCUCCUUCAGCAUCGAAGAGUUCAUACUGGAGAAAGGCCUUAUGAAUGCAGCGAAUGUGGGAAAUUAUUCACCUACAGUUCCAGUCUCCAAAAGCACCAGAGAGUUCAUACUGGAUCGAGGCCUUAUGAAUGCAGUGAAUGUGGGAAAUCCUUUACUCAGAACUCCAGCCUCAUUAAACAUAGGAGAGUUCAUACUGGUGAAAGACCUUAUGAAUGCACCGAGUGUGGAAAGUCCUUUAGCCAUAACUCCAGUCUCAUUAAACACUUGAGAAUUCAUAGUCGAUAAAGGCCUUAUGAGAGGCCAGUAUGGAACAUCCUUUAGUCAAAGUUCCAACUGCAUUUCAUACUGGAAAAUUGACUUUAGAAAAGUCCUCCUAAGUGUAGUGAAUGUGAAAAAACAUUGAGCUGAAGGCCUUAUCUAACUGUACACCGCCGCAUUCUCACAGGAAUUACACCUUGACGUGUAAGGAUGUGGUGUUUUCUUGUUUAGUAUGACAACUUUGGAGGGGUUACCAUCUUCCUGAAUAGAUCCUCAUAUGUCCAAACAUCCAUACAGAUUCCAGGUAUGUGGGAACUGCGUUGCACUUUUUAACCUGCUCUGGGCUCUUGCUGGAUUUAUAUCCCUGCAGAUUCUGUAGCAGAAAUUGGCCUGUACCUCUUGCAGUUGCCCACAGUGUGCACUGUUCACCCAUACCAGUGUGUUCAGGUAAGUGAACCUGUGUUCUCCCAUUUGUGGGGGAAAUUUUUUAAGUAGCCUGAACAUUUGCUCCCUUUUUGUUUCUUCUGAUGAGAUAGGGCAUGGACCAGAUUCAUUUUGGGCAGAAGGACUCUGCUGGUGACUUGAAAUGAUAGACUGCCUUUUUAGGGGACAUUACUGGUCUUACAUGAUUCUUGAUGGAAAUUUUCAGCCUCAGAAGUCACCAACCAUGGGAACUGCCUUUCUUCCAGUGCUUUUGUUUGUUCCAUAAAGUGGUUACAGCUAACUUUGCCAUUUAUCUUGGGAAUUUUAUUCAUUGAAUGUGGUUCUGCUAACAUAAAGGGGUGACCAGGUUUUGUUGGAAUCCCAGAUGUGUCCCUCAGAGGGGUUGAAAUGAUGAUAAAAUAUACUUCUCUUUCUAAUUUGGAUCUGGUUUGUAUGGCUGCCUGAGGCCCCCAAGAAAAACCUGCAAGGCAUUGUCCUCAUUUGUAUCCUAGAUGCUAUAAUAUGUUGUGGGCUCAGAGGUCAAUCUGAGGAGGCGUAUUGACAAUCUUGGGCUUCCAAGGGGAGCAUAAAGCAUGAAAUUACUCUCUUAUUCUCAGGUGAUAGUGUAUCAUACUCAGUCCUGGUUUGGGAGUCAUGUUCCCUAGGGCCUUCUGUGAGCAUGUUUGGCUCAAUAUCCUGAUUUCCUUAGGGUACCGUGAUUAUACAGGGAUUAUAUUUAUUUCAGGAAUCUGCAUUAAUGAGGAAUGGGAGAGAUGGCCACAAAUUGUUUGUAAGGUGCCCCUUCUAGAUGAGGCCUGCAUGGUGUUCCAGCCGAAGAUGAGAAGAUUUAGAAUGUCUCAGUACCUCUAGUCCUAUUGUGUAGCUGAGGUUUUCCAAGAAGAUGAUGUAAAGGUUUUAUGGAAUGCAGUGGCCUCUGGACUAUUCAUCUCAAGGUUAUUACUACGCAGCCAGGAAUACAAUAGAAAGAAUGGAGAUCUUAGUCCAUUCUUGUGGCCUCUGUGAGCAGCCACCUCUCCUGCUGAGUCAGGUGGAAAUGGCCUUUGCUGCUCACCUGAGUUUUCUAUCACUGAAGAAAGGGGCCAUCCUCUAGGUUACAGGAAGAAAGCUGGUGGAAUCUACAUAGAGCUCUCAAAUCUGAUUUUCCAAAAGCCGAAAGAGAGCUGGGGAUUUAGCUCAAUGGUUCUGCUGCCUGCCUUGCAAGCACAAGGACCCGAGUU